AUGGAGAAUUCUACAAAUCAAUCUCAGCAAGCAGGUGGAAUGGGUGUUUUGAUAGAGCCAAGCUGGGCUUAUGCAGGAGUGGGGAUAUAUUCAGCGCUUGUUUUCCUCAUCGUUAUAGGUUUGUAUAUAUAUUCUUUUGAUUGAUCAUUACACUUAACUGUAAAUCAAUUUGCGGUAAGCGCGAGGCGCUCAAAAGAAAUCUUGAAAUAACUCAUUACAUUUAGCACAAAUAAUUAUGAAGCUUUGCUAGUAAUAAAUCUAAUUUUAACACUAGAAAAAUAUUACGAUAAAUCUAGCUUAUUAGAAAAAUAACUAUCUUUUGGGUGGUAGAUGCUCCCCUGUCUUUCAAUUAAUAAUAAUAAAAAAGAAAAUUUAAACUACUUUUGGUCCUUCAUUCAACGGUACAAGGGUCAUCUACCGACCACCAGAGUGCAGCGUAACAGAAUGGAUACUUGGCCCAAAAUUACGUGAUAAAUAAUCAUCGCACUGUGGAUUAAAAGUUUCUGUAACGUCGAAUAUUUCGUUUUCCUAGACAUGUACUGGUGACUAAAUUCAUCACGUCAUAAUUGUUUUUUAUUUUAUUCAUUUAUUAUUCAGUUUUAUUCAUUCUCAACCUUAUGGAGCAUUUAUAACUCUCACGCAUAACGUAAAUGUACAACACAAGCUAAAUGUUCGCGCAUUUCAGUUCACUGAGCAUGCACAAUAAAACAACGUCAAGGCUUUGAUGAGAGAUUCUCUGUAAAGGAUGGGCCAUUAGAAAAGUUAUGUGGACGUUGGGGAAUUUUCAAACCGCAUGAUUUUUUUAACGCCAGUGCAGAAAUAUUGUUGAGGGUACUCGGUGUGCAUGAAUUUUUUUUUUCAAGAAGAUUUUCCCAUGUACGAAUACUUAUUUUUUUGUACCUUUCCCUUACCCUAUGAAUGUCAAAAUUCAAAAACUGAAAUGUCACCCUAAUACAGCCGUUUAGAGUAUUAUCUUUUGUUUUAUCAAAAUUAUUAACUUGUAUACCUUGAUGUUUAUAUGGGUUUAAGCGUUUAAAUUAAAAAUCCUCUGUUUGAUUAGCAUUAUCGAGUUUUUAAGUGAAUUUUGUGGAGAGACCCAGCAGUUUGAUGGAAAAUGGUCAGAAGCAUUAUGGCGAAGCAAUUUAGUGGGGAAACAAAAGCAUAAUGAGUCACAUGCAUGUGUCGCAGACCGUACCAAGGGGAGAGGCGUCUACAAACUAAACUGAUUGCUUGUACUUGCUUUUGCUCUGCGGUCAUGGGCGUACUGGUGACGUCACAGAUCAACAUGUGAUGAUAGGGGCUGCAUAACGUGUCAUCGCGAACUGUCAUACAAUGUUAAAAAUAUCCAUGUUUAAAAGUUCUAUAAAAAAUAUGUGCAUUAUAAAAUUAAUCACUGUUUGCAAAAUACUACUAUCGGCUGUUUCGACAGCAAAUGAAUAUAGAUACCAUGGUUUAAUUAACGGCAUUUACCAAUCAGGUAUAACAUCGAACAAGCACUAAGUUAAACACGAAUUAUCGUUCGAAUUAUCGUUCCACUUUUCUCUCUUUUUGUCAUCUUAGGCAAUUUACUGGUCGUCAUCGCUUUCCUCACGACUUCCAAGCUUAAAACAAAAACCAAUUACUUCAUCUUUUCCUUGGGUGUGGCUGAUCUUCUGGUUGGGUUAUUCUCCGUUCCUUUGUGGAUAUACUUCAUUCUCAGCUUAGACUUCAUAAACAGUCUGUAUCAGUACUAUCAGCUUGGUGACAUUGUGUCCGGCGUGUCUUCUAUUAUGCACUUGACUUGUAUCAGCGUGGAACGAUGUUAUGCCAUAGUUGCACCUCUGAAGCACAGAAAGAUAAGCAAGGGUAAGUUAGCGGACUUUUUUAAGACCGAAUCCUGUUAAAAUGUGUAAUCAAGAAAAAGUAUUCCGCAAAAGAAAUUGUUCAGUCAAACAUAAUCGGUCACUUACCAAAGUCCCAGAAAUCGCACCCCUCAAUCACUGUAAAACUGACCUCUUUUAAGCGGUUACCUCCAUUAACUGGUCGCGGUCACCUUUUACUCGGUCCUAACAAGACAUAAACGGUCACUUUUUCAAGAUUUACCAUGCUAUAGACACACCGUGUAUGGCAUUUAGUGGUCUUUUACUUCUUUUCUUUUGGCACAGGAGGAUGUAGAGACACUUUGAGGUCCAAUUUUCUCGGGUGCUGUAUUUUUCAUUUUGUCACCAUCUUUAUUUUCUUGAAUUAUAACUGUUAGGUUUGUCAAUCUUGCAUAAUUUGGGAGAAGGAGAUUUGUAUUUUUAACACCAAAAAGUUCAGAAAAAAAUUCCAAGCUCCAGGUGAGAAUCGAACUCAGGAGCCUCCGAGUUCGUUUUCUGAUGCUCUAAACACUGAGCUACUGGAGCAGGGUCGACGUUUUAUUAUAACUACACCAGUCAUAGAGGACAGUAAGCCAUUCCCUAAUAGGUGAAUAUUUAUUUACAUUAUUUGCCUCAUUGGCAUAAGCUUAUCAUUAUCUGAUGAAGCUAAUAAAAUGAAAUUUCUGAAUAUUGAAAGAGCAUAUUAACAAUUUCAGUUAUCUCUGAAAAUUUGAGCCCGAUGCAGUGGCGGAUCCAGGGGGGGGAGGGGUGAGGGGACCCGGGCUCCCCCUGAUUUGUAGACCAAAAUGAGGCCUGAAGGGCCGAAAAAAUUUUUUGGAGACCGGGCCUCCCCCUUAUCUCAGGGUCUGGAUGACCGCACCCCCUCCCCUCCCCCCCCCCCUUUAUCUGAAGGUCUGGAUCCAACACUACGGUGUACGUAAUUAUAAUAGUUUCGGAGAAAUUCUUUUUGAAAACCCUCAAAUUUACAAAGAAUGUAUGAGCUCGUUAACAUUUUGCUAGCCUGGUCCAGGCUCCGAGGUAGUCGGGCCCGCGAAAUUGAGAAAGGGCGAACACGAAAAAAAAACGGGAGGAAACAGGCUAACGUUUUGCCACCUAGUAAUUUCGCGUUUUUUACAACGCGAAAAAUUGCUGCUAUUUACUUUGUUACCGAUUGCAAGGAGCUGAAACUUGCACAAACUGCUUAAAUUAACCAGCUCUUUUAAUUUUUGCACCUAAUUGGUAUAUACGGCUACAUCUUCUAUGGGUUAACUCGUAUGCUAACGAGCAAAAAUGUAAACAAUGACGUCAAGAUGAAUCCGCCUAUAUUGGUUUGACUGUAUUUCCUUGUUUCAGUGACCCUCUCCUAAUUUUUUCUCUUCAACAGCAACGAUAUUUGCCGGUAUUAUGUUAUCCUGGAUGCUUGCCAUUUUCAAUGCGCUACUGAAAAGGUUUACUGACUGGAAAGAUGUGUCCAUCUUUAACACUUUCGCAUUUUUUGUCGUUCCACUGAUGCUUAUAGUCGCUGCAUAUAUUGGAAUUUUCUUCACCGCUAAGAAGAGCAUAAAAGAACACAGGAAACGUUCCUUGAAAAAGGUAAACAUUUGUUUUGUUUUUAUUUGGAUUUUGAAGAAACUUCACGGUCCAUACAUUUAGUUUUAAAAAAGAUUAAUUCGUCAUGGACUCCCUUGGUGAGCUUGCGAAUUAGGGCUUCUGUUUUGGGUAACGGGGCAAGAACAUCACGAAAUAGGAGAAGCAGUUAAUCCAAAACAGUAAGGCCUUUCAUUCCUACCAGUGGCCAAAGUGGAAAAACAAAAAAAACUAAAAACUGAUCGCCAAAAUUAAUUUUUUAUUCUAUACUUAAGGUCAACCAGAGGUAAAGACUCUGUUUCAUGUCGGUAGCUCGAAAUAAUCAUAGUCUGAAUCAGAACAAACUGAAGCCAACGGUGAGUUCAUUUUACCCUCUUUCUCCGUCAGUGCUUUGUUUUACGGAUAUUUAAAGCUACACGGAGAGGAAAUAUCGGCGAAACAAAUAAUGAGGUUACCCCUGGGAUCGAACUCGCGGAGGCCUAAUGCGCCAACUCUGCUCCCAAAGAGGUUUCUCAUAAAGUGUUCGAACUUAGGAGUUGCUGUACAGACUCCAAAGUUAGAUUGGCAUCCCUCUCACAGAAAUUAAAACCCGACCUGGGAUUGAAAGGGUUUCCAAAAACCCAGAAACUAACUAAGCCAAAGUGUCUGAUCAGUUCCCGAAGAAUUUGGCUUCGAUUGCCGCCAGGGACGUUGGUCGUUCUUGGCCUUGUGUUUGUGGCAUGAGGAACGUUAAAUCCUUCUCAAACUAAAGAUAUCUUAUCUCACCUAAACUUCUCUCUUGCUACAGGAAAUUUCAUUUUCACUUCAGACCAAUUCCCUUAGUGUCAUGCCAAAUUCCAAAUACCAAAGCUUAUGCAAUUGGGAAAGGAGUGAUCUUCGUACUGCUUCUCAGCAUAUGGAGCAACCUCCCAGAAACCACUUCUGGAGAGUUCGAGUCAUGUCCAUGCCAGAGUAUCGGAGUAUCUUUGUCAGUUACUCCGUUCUGAAGUUCUACACAUAUUUUAUUCUAGUGUGGUGAACCAUCUUAUUGUCUUGUCAGAGUGCCAACAUGUAGUUGGAGACCAUACCUCUGAUUUAACUAUUGUUCACAUAGACUUUAAUUAAAAGAAAUCCCUUUAUUACUACCAACAGUAUAACUUUGAAACACCUUCCCGUUUACUGUACGUCUGGGCUGUGCAAUCGCUAGUAACUUAAAGACGACAAACUAUAAAUGCUUUUAAAGUGAAGUUGAUUGAACUGUUCAUCAGUACGAUGUAGUCCCUCUUAUUAUAAGAGAGAUCGACUUCAUGCAUCUUAAGUUUUAUUGCAGUUACAAACAAAGCUGAGGUCUCUAAUUCGUCCUAUCUUGUUCUGUAGGACCUGCAUGUCGCUUACACUGUUGCCUUGGUGACGGGUGCGUUUGCUGUUUGCUGGCUUCCUUUCUUCUUGACGAUUUUAAUCUUCAAAUGGUGUGAAACUUGCUCAUUUGUAUGGGACAUGCGCGUUCUUAUGGCAGUAAAAGUACUUCACUAUGGUAACUCCGCCCUCAAUCCCAUUAUCUACUCGGUCAGAAAUCGCCGUUUUAACCGUGCAUUUAAAGGGAUUCUCCUGCGUCUGGUUUGCCGAAAAAUGAAGGCGGACUACUUUGGGAUUAAUAAUUCGACUUCUCGAAAGACUCAACAAACCCGUGUUGAUUCCACCAUCAUGAAGCAGCUUAAUGUAAAGGGUAGCAAAACUACGCUUCGAAGUCUGUCACAGGAUGAAAAAUGUACAUCAAAACUGAUGUAA